UCCAAGUCCGCAGGCGUUCCUCGCUGGCGGGUGCCUACGCGUCCUCGAUUAGCACCAUGGACAGCGCCCGCGACCAGCCUCAGGGGUGCUUGGACGCCGCCGGCUUCUGGCGGGUCUGGCAGCGCUUUGACGCGGAUGAAAAAGGUUACAUAGAAGAGAAGGAACUUGAUGCUUUCUUUCACCACAUGUUGACGACAUUGGGCACUGAUGAUGCAGCCUUGGAAGAAAAUGUCCAGAGGAUGAAACAGCAAUUCACGGCUCCCCAGGAUGUCUCUAGAGAUGGUCGUGUACAGAUGAAAGAGCUUGCCAACACGUUCUUAUCUGAGGAUGAAAAUUUCCUUCUGUUCUUUCGUCAGGAAACCCCCUUGGACAGCAGCGUGGAGUUCAUGCAGAUUUGGCGCAAAUAUGAUUCUGACAGCAGUGGCUUUAUAUCAGCGGCUGAGUUGCUUAAUUUCCUUCGAGACCUCUUCCUCCACCACAAAAAGGGCAUUUCUGAGGCUAAGCUAGAAGAAUAUACUGGCAUCAUGAUGAAGAUUUUUGACAAAAAUAAGGAUGGCCGGUUGGAUCUUAAUGACUUGGCAAGGAUUUUGGCUCUUCAGGAGAAUUUCCUUCUUCAAUUUAAGAUGGAUGCUUGUUCUACCGAAGAAAGAAAGAGGGACUUUGAGAAAAUCUUUGCCCACUAUGAUGUUAGUAAAACUGGAGCUCUGGAAGGCCCAGAAGUGGAUGGGUUUGUCAAAGACAUGAUGGAGCUUGUGCAGCCCAGCAUCAGUGGAGCGGAUCUUGAUAAGUUCCGGGAGAUUCUUUUGCAUCACUGCGAUGUGAACAAGGAUGGAAAAAUUCAGAAGUCUGAGCUGGCCUUGUGUCUCGGGCUGAAAAUCAACCCCUAGUCCCCAGAAUGCUUUGCCUUUUGCUCUUAGGAUGUUUCUGUGCUUCUGCUGGUAAAACUGUAUCUGUGCUUUGCUGUUGGGGACACACAGCAAACUUUCUAACAAAUGGUGUGGUAUUCUUGGGCAAGGGGAGAGGUCCGAGGGCCUUCUCUCUAAGGGCAAGGUAUUUUCUUACCACACUGAAAGCCUCCCAUGUAGUGCCUGUGUCAGUCCCCCCACCCCACCCUGGGCUUUCCUGCCCCCCCCCCAGAGAGUCAGCUCACCUGCUGGAUCUGCUCUGCUGUCCUCCCUCAGCCCCCAGGGAGGCAGGGGUAGCUGAGUCCAUCUGUUUGUGCUUUCCUGUGGGCUUUCGUUGACUCAGUGGUAACU